AAGAAAUACAGACGAUGAUCGAUACGAUGUUGCAGCCGGGCGAAAGUGUUACCGAAGACACGACUCUGGACGACGACGUGGUGACAGAGAUCCUGCUGAGGCUGCCGUCCGCCUCCGUGCUCCGUUCCCGAGUCGUGUGCAAGGCGUGGCACCGCAUCACAACGGACCCCUCGUUCCUCGCCGCCCACGCCGACCGGCGGCCUGCCGAGCUGCUCGUCGGAUCAAGAGGAGAACCAUGUUUUCUAGACACCAUCCCGCUCUCUCUGCAACUCGACGAUUUGACGAGGCGCCGGAGCCAACUCCACUGCCCCAAGCACUGUGAGAUUGGCGCCCUGCUGGGUUGCUGCGACGGGCUCCUAUUGUUCCAGAAAUCCCGUGAAAGUUUGUUCAGGUCCGAUUUCUUCGUGUGCAACCCGGUGACCAAGCAGGGGGCUAGGUUGGACUUGAAGCCACCUUCUUGCCCCGACGUGGCCAGGCUGUGCGGAUUCUACCGCCACGGCCCGUCCGGCGAGCACCGGCUUCUUGUUCUCGCCAAUGAACUAAAACCUGGCUUGCCGGCACACUAUGUUUACUCUCUCGCCGCCGCCGUCACCGCCAGCUCACAACUUCCUCGCCGUCUCGGACCAGUGGCCGACGGUGUAGUCGUAGACGAGGUCGCCUAUUUCAUCAACCACUACGCCCACCACAGGGGCAAAAUUCACUGGACGAUCCAUCCUCUGGCCAGAAGCGCCGAGAAGAUCCUGGCGUUCGACACGGUGUCCGAGGAUUUCCGGCUGAUAUCGUGCCCGCCGUGGCCGAGGGAUCACUACCGCAACGAAGAUCUCUGCCUCUUGGAGUUGGACGGUACGUUAGCCGUGACGGCCCCUGAAUUCGAUGGAGAUACCACGGAGCUAUGGGUGCUCGAGGACUACGACGACGACCAGAGCUGGUUACACCGCUUCCGGAUCGUCCUGCCGCCGCGGUUCUCUCCACAUUGGUGGACGGGCACCGGCGCCCCCAACGUCGUCUUCGUGGGAAGCUACCUAAAUAAUUUCAAGGCGCUGUACAAUCUUACCGAGAAGAGGAUCAUAAAGCAGAUAGAAUUUGUCAAUGGCACACCGGUUUACUGCUACCUCUUCAAGGAUAGCCUUGUGCCGCACGCCUUCUUGAAUCCGUAUUAAGUUUCGGCAUGACAUUCAGCGACGAAUCGAUGUACUCAACUCACAUGCAUGUAAUUUACCAUCGGUUGUACUCGAUCAA